GAGGAAGUAUUGGAUACCAGAUUAACAAUAUGUUGCUGCCCAGAAUUAGAAAUGUAGGAAAUAUGUUACGAGAGUUAAGUACAGAUCAUCUUCUGGACCUGUUUAAUUUACUGAUUAGAACAAUUCAAAAUACAGUUUCUGUUGUACUGAAUCAAACAGAAAAUCAAAGUCUACAACUAGCAGAUCUUUUAGGAAGGUUUGGUAGUAAUUCUGAUGUUCAGAUGAAUAUUAUUAAUACUCUUAUCAAUUACUUCAAUGAUGUUCAUGGUGGUACUUACCGCCAAGUCACACUAUAAUAUAGUUGUAAUUAUAAUGUCAAAUUAUUUUUUGCUUCA